AUUCCGAUAUUUAUUUGACGAAUUGUAAGUUUUCUGCUUUCGAUUAUUAGGUCUUUUUCUGAAAGAAGUUUUAACACGUUUCAGAACUUUUUGAUCGACCCACCUAAGUGUCACAUUGAACACCUAUCACUAACAAAAAUGUCAGAAAUCCGAACAAAAUUACUGUGAAAUAAAUCUAUAGUUGCCUUAUUGUUUUGAAAAAAUAAUUUUCAGGGUACCCUAUUCAUCAAAAUGGGUGCCGCACAAUCAGUACGAGCGACGCACUUCCAGCGACCGAAGGCAACCUCCACGGAGCCAGAGGAUGACGUCGAGGAUCAUCACAUUAACAUAUCAAAUAAAAUGGUGGAGAGAUUAGUAGAAGAUGCAACUCUGGCAGGUGGCGCGGCCGCAGCGAUCACUCAGCCAACACCUCGCGGAGACUUCAGGGACAAGAUUUAUAUAGAGAAACUCAAAUGCAUGGAUGAAAGUCAUUCAGAGAGAUGCGGGAUAACAGUAGACGAUCUGAACGCGAUAGCGAACCGCAUCGAGAUGCGGACCUCCAACAUGGUGAGCGUCGAGCCGAUAUGUGCCGACUGCAAGCAGGACGUCAUCGACUGCUAUAACAAUACUCAGCUACCGUCAGACAUUAUCAAGUGCUGGGAUACUGUUGGAGCCUUUAGAAAAUGUGUACAAGACGCGGCCACAGUGCGACUGCGUGCGCGGACGCAACGCGAGGCACGCGAGCGAGCCCGCAGGACGAGACAUGUCGCACACGCGCGGGAACACGCGCUACGGGACAUCUCACACUGAUGGCGUCACACAAGUACCUUUACUAAGGCUUACCUGGAAUAUGCUCUGAAAGAAUUGUACCUGUUUCUUUUGAACUUGUCUCGAAAUCCGUAUUACAAUAAUAAAUCAUAUAUCCUCUUUAUUAAAGUCGAUUUUUGACCGUC